CGUCCACCAGCCGCCACCACUCUCCUGCAUGCAUACCCUCGUUUCUUGAACGCUUGCAACGCUAUCAUUACUUUUACUAUCUCUACUGGCCUUGGGAAUGAUUAGCUCUGAUGUGGAGAAGUCUCGACAUCAACGCCCUCUGGAUGCCAUUGACUGGCAGGUGUAUAGGAACUUGAGCCUUCAACCGCACGGCUUUGGAAAGGAGCGCGUACGGAUAUGGCCUAGAUUGCUCAACGUAGACGAUCGAGCCUAUGUCUCUAGAGACAAAUGCGACGCCCCAGAUUCUUCUCUCUGGUCUGAUGCUAGCUUCGACCUCACGUCACCUCAGGAGCAGCAGGAGUUGCCUGGGAAUCCUCACUCUGAUGAGCGCCAGAUAACACUUGACACCGACCGCAGCUUCGUCCUCUACUCCGUAGAAGGAGUAGACAGCCGCGAAAAGCUGCAGGCCGCGCUCAACAGGCUAAUCGUGUCAGUAUUCCGUCAGAGACCGCGCCUGCAUUACUUUCAGGGCUAUCAUGACAUCGUGUCUGUGGUGUUCAUCACCUUGCCCAAAGAGCUUCACCUCCCUGUGACGGAGAAGCUCAGCCUGCAUCGCGUCCGGGACUCAAUGGGUCCCAAUCUCGACCCGGUGGUGGGUCUGCUCCGGGUGCUGAAGCGAUUACUCGAGCUCGUCGAUCCCCAUUUCGCAGAGUCACUCGAACGCACAGCGCCGUUACCUUAUUAUGCAUUGUCUAAUCUAUUGACGCUCUUCUCUCAUGACGUCCCAACGCUUCCACUCAUCCAACAUAUAUUUGAUUAUUUGCUAUGCCGGCCGCCGAUUGCCGUUGUAUACCUUGCUGCAGCGCUGACUCUCACUCGCCGAGAAGAGGUGCAAAUGCUCGAAGAGGAAGGCGAAGAGGGCAUGAUGCAUUCCCUGCUUACCGUCUUUCCGGACCUGUACGAAGAGGGCGACGAUCCACCGGAACCUCAUAAAGCUGAGGUAAUGCCGACGUCGCAAGACAUGGAAGAAACGAGCACCAAGGAAGAAGAUCCCGACGCUGUCGAUUCUGUGAGCGAGAACGCUACCCCUGCUCUCGCUCUUCCCAGUUAUCAGGACACAAGUAUCCCUGAAGAAGACGACUACGACGAGAUUACGCACAGUGCGUCUCCACGUAUCCAAGCAGAACUUUCUGCUGGAGAUACAUCAGAUGGGGUGUCGACAGACGCGGGGUCCGAGACUCUUGUCGACUCACAGGCGCCUACUCCGAUGGCAGAUGGCUCCACCAUCCCGGUAACCACCCAGGCAUCGUCACUCGAACCGGACGUGCGCGUGAAGGUUCAGCGGUCAGAGCCACCUCUUCGAUCCAUCUCAGACGACGACACCGAGCCCUCCGCACUCAUUUUGGCCGAGCAUGAGAAGUCCCCGCUCUCCCCAGCAGAAGCCGACCAGCUCCUCGUGCCCAUCUCCGAUGACGAGGAGAAACCUCCCCUCCCACCCACGCCAGCACGCACCUCCUCCCCCGAGCCCCUCGGGCGCCCGCGUCGUCCACGUAUCUCGCUCACCACGCUCCUCACGCGUGCCGACGAGCUCAUGCGUGAGUACCCCCCGACGCACCCGCAGAUCGCGCUCAGCACGAUCAUGGGCCCGCAGAGCGUCGUGCACACGUGGUCCGAGCGCGCGCGCGACCUCCCCUCGGACGACGACGCAGAGCGCAUGGUCCUCCGUCCGGACUUGAUCGUCUGCCCGCCUCCCCCAGAGCCUGUACCCUCCGAUGACGAACGGGAGCGGGAGCACGAACGCAAACGGCGGGAGAGGAGGAGGAAGUUGAGGAAGCCGAGGAGGCUGACGGACGUGAUCGUGCAGCGUAAGACGAUGGUCGCGGGCGCGGUGCUUGUCCUGGGCGUCGCGAUGGCGGUGUAUGGGUUCAAUGGGGGUGCGCUGCCUGGGAUGGGUGGGGGACAUGGAGGCCAUAGGGGGGCGUUUGGGCGGGAGUGGAGGAGGGUCGGGAAACUGUUAGGGGGAUUUAUGGUCGGGGCGGGGGAGAGGAUGUUUGAGGGGAUCAGGCAAGCUGUGUAACGGCACGAUCGCUCGCAAUGUGUUGAGUAAUGGAUCUUAC